AUGAACCUCAACGUACCUGAACAGAAUGCAAGCAAUUCCAACAACGGCUACGUGGAGGGAAGUCAGACAAAUCUGCUUCAUGCGCACCUGAAAAGGAACACCUUUGAAGAUCCAGUGUCAUCCUACUCCAGCAGGGAUAUUAUUUCGCAGUUUCUGGAGAAAUCCUCCAAGAAGAAGAACUCAGCCGAUCAUGAGCUAAUCUUCUCCGCAAAGAACCUGUCCCGCUCCACUGCUGACUCAUUCCAAGAGGAGAGCAACAGUAACUUCUCCAAAGACGGCGGGCAGGACCCUGGCUUGUCUUUCGCUCAGCAUCCCUCAACAAACCCAGGUGAAGGGGAUCGAUUGUUUAACGAACAUUUGCAAGCAAAGAGGGCGAGAGUGGAGAACAUCAUCCGCGGAAUGAACAGUUCUCCGACUGACAGCCUUCACCACAGUGAGCUCGAGAGGGAGGGGGGUCAAAGGCGAGGAAGCCUGAACCUGUGCAAGGAGAACAAGCGGAAGCAGAGGCUCCCACAGCAGCAACAGCAGGAGCAGAAUCCCGGGAAGAGCCCUGGUCUAGUUUCGUCCCUCAAGCAGCUUAGGAGAGAGGAGUGCCAUAGGCUGAAGCAGCAGCUUCAGGAAAUGCAGGGCAGGCUUCAUGAACUUCAGGAAAAGUUUUUCCAGGUAUACGAUACAAGUGAAUCCGAGCACGAGGACCAAGAGGACGCAUCUGACUCCUGUUUCCAUUUGGCUAGUACUGAGUACGGAGAAAAUACCAUGGAAAAGUAUCACAGUGACCUUCCAGACAUGGACCAGAGUCCCUGUAUUGACCACAUUCAGACAAUUGGCCAUGAGAAAGAAAUGACACCCGGAAAGGAAGCAAGUAAGCAUCAUGAUGCGGGCAAAAAAUUCAACCGUUGUAAUAGUUAUGGUUUCUCUUCAGUGGAGAGUGGAUAUCUCGCAGAAUCUCUGAAAUAUGAGCUGACCAAUGCAGUGGCUCACAUCGUAGACUCGGCCGUACAGUUGUUCUCUGUAACACCUUCCCCCACUUCUUCUCAGUCAUUUCAAAGUUUGCCGGCCUCCAGGUCCAAGAGCACCCCACAAAAUGGUAAUACAACCCUGAGGAUGCCGAGUCAUGACUUCCAGUGUUCCUCAGACCCAGUGACGAUGCAUCAGUACUUUGACAACUGUCAAAACCCUUGUACAAUCCAAGCUCAUGAUCAGACGGAAGCAAUACCACUGGUGGUGAGAAAGUCACCCCAAAACCAGUCUAAUCUUGUUGGUCCAAUUAUUAAACAGGGCUGUCAAAUGCCGCAUAACAAACCACCAUUAACAUUGGUUCUGGACUCCCAGAUGUCUCUGACUGAAUUGCCUGACCCCAUUUUGAGAUACAACAUGCAGAAUUACAUAGGACAUACCUUCGCUGUAACUACAAAAGACAAUGUUGCUUCUAAGCCAACGUGCCUUUCAUGGGACACUGUCAAACUGAGGUCAAAGGUUACCUCGCACCACACAGCCCACCAGUUGUAUCCAGGUUUCCGGCAAAAACCACCACAGAAUCUCAAUCUUUCUCACAUCAAGUCCGAAUGUGGGGAGCCGCGAUCCAUGGUGGACAUCACUCCAUACUCAUCGGCAAACGUACAGGAGGGAUUAACACCUAAUCACUUGAAAAAAGCCAAGCUGAUGUUCUUCUAUACUCGAUACCCCAACUCUACCACACUGAAAACGUACUUCUCCGAUGUUAAGUUUAACAGAUGCAUCACUUCUCAACUUAUCAAAUGGUUCAGCAACUUCCGUGAAUUUUACUACAUCCAGAUGGAGAAGUUUGCUCGGCAGGCUGUAAACGACGGCUUGACCGAUGCCAAUGACCUAAAGGUGACGAGGGACUCUGACCUUUACCGAGCUCUCAAUGGACAUUACAACAAGGCCAAUGACUUUCAGAUCCCUCGAGAGUUUCUGGAAGUUGCUGAAGUGACUUUACGGGAGUUUUUUAACGCAGUCAAAUUGGGCAAAGACUCAGACCCUUCUUGGAAAAAGAGCAUCUACAAGGUGAUCAGUAAACUGGACAGUGAGGUGCCUGAGAUGUUUAAUUCUCAGGGGUGCCUGCAAGACAUUCUGUAUGAUUAG